AUGGUGGUUGACGGUGACUCACCGCAGGGAGGCGGAUACCCCAGCUACAAUGCCUCAAACAGUCUCCCCCAAGACGGCCACAAUCCUGCAAUGGCCAAGUACUUUCCAGUGCAAAUUCGACCGGAGCUUAUCGUCAAGCCCGACGUCUUCACGCUCUACUUCGGUUUCCUCGGCGUAUGGAAUUGGAAGAGACAUGUGGGCAAUGCGCUGACCGAGCGCGUGGAAAAUACCUGGCUCUUGACCGGCCGCGCCCCGACACAAGACGAAAUGGACUGCAUGACGACAUUGUCGACUCAAACGAUUUACUACAAACGAAUGGGAUUGCCGAUUUCAUCUGCUCUCGGUACAGCAUUGCUUUACAAUCAAGCACGCAAAUCGCCCACGUUCCCCAAAAACCCGACGCCGGCCAACCUUCUCGCUCGGCUGCACCAACUCCGCCUGGCCGAUAACACGACAUUCUAUAGGCUCCUUGCUCAAUCUGCGUUCAAGAUGAUUUUUAUCACAUCACUGGGUGUGAUGGUUUCGAAUGGGACGGCCCUCUGGAAGGAAGCUUCCUCUAUGCUGUCGGACCCGCGGAUGAAGAACUUCGUUGAGGAAGCGCGGAGCCAAAAGCCCGAGGAUGUACGCAGAAGGAAGGUUGUUGCCGCCACUGAACGCUAUAAGCGUACAAGAAGCGGCGAGAAGGAUGUUGGACGCGAGGUUCGGGAGGAAAUGGGCCAAGCUGGCUCUUAUUCUCAAGGGGAACAAAGCUAUGGUUAUGAAAGUGCCUCACCAGCUGUGGCAGCCUCGGAGAGUGAUAUGGCCUAUGGCACAGAGCAAGCCGAUAACCAGGGUAGUUUCGACCAAUCAUACUCGGCACCUGCCCGCAACCAGCAGGCAUACGGCCAGCCCGGCUACGGACAACAAACCAACAACCAAUCUUCCCAGUCGAGCUCCGGCUCGGACUUCUUCUUCGGCUCUAACGACGACGACGCAAGCCCCACGGCACCUGAGUACCGAAAUACCGGCAUGGACGGUGUGCCAGCUGGCGGUGCGUGGGAGCGCAUUCGCAAGCAGAACAUGGCUCAGAACUCUCCACCCGCGGUCUCGCCCAGCCAAGCUCCUAUGCAAUGGGGCCGGUCUCAGGCACAGAGUUCGCCGGAGCCUGUGAAUGAUUCUCUGCCCAGUGAUCGGGACCGGUAUGAUUAUGAGCGGAAACGCGAUAAGGAGCAGGCUCAGGCCGACUUUGAUAAGAUGAUGGAGGCUGAGCGGAAUGCUUCUAAUGACGGACCGACCCGUGGUCGAGGCUGGGGAUCAUAA